CGACCAACAGGUAUCGAGCUACAGGCAAAGAGUUGAGCUGUUAUAAAUGUUUCGUAUUGGUGUUUCGAAAGCCCUGCAAUUACCAACAAGUUCGAGCUGCAAGCAUACGACAAGAGACUGAUAGCCAGUCAUUGGAUAACUAAAAGAGCUUAAACCUUGUUUGCUUAGCAAGACUAGGCUAUGAAGCUACUUGGGGAUCUUGUGUUUACAGAGCAACGAGGACCUCGCCUGUCUAUAAAAGGCUGCGUUAUCCUCUGUCAACCAAGAAAACAGACACAAAUUACCUUCUCGGCUCACCGAUCACCAGAGUUCCCAAAAUGCAAAUCAAGUCAUUCCUCGUUGCCUGUACUUUGUACAUGUCAUUCGCCAUGGCAACCCCCCUCGAAAAGAAAGGCUGUGUGUGCCUCUGUGACGCCAACUACAUCUUGGUCACGCAGGUUGGUAGCAGCAAUUGCGACUUCAGAAACCCAUGCUGCAAGUCCACCUGUGUACCUAAGAAGGGCACCACAGGUAAGGCAGGACCAGCCAAAUCUUCCUGCUAAAUUCCCGCCUGUCCAACCAACACAAUACAGCAACUUCAGCAACGGCCAUGGGUCUCAUGUGCAAGGAUAAAGGCUUCAAAGAUCAAGUGAAGGACUAAACAUACCUGUUUUCGAAUGCAUGCCUUUUUAGCUUUUCUUGGCCAUAUGCCCAAUAUUGUCUGUUGCAGGAGUCUAUAUGUCGAUAGGUGUGAUGCCUGUCCAGAGAGAUGACUGAGAACGACCUCAUGAGCUAUCUAUCUACAGAAGAUCUUUCCAUGCG